GCUGGGCCCCUAGCGGCGAAUGAAGUCUCUGCCUCUCGGCAAGUUCCUGGUGCAAAACAGAGGCGCUGCGGAAGCAGGGUCGGGUCAGCUCCAUGGCCUUCAUUCGGAAGAGACGGCGGGAGCUGGACCUCUACUCCAAAGAGAGGUUUUCCUUAUUACUCCUUAAUCUGGAAGAAUACUAUUUUGAACAACAUACAGCUAAUUACAUUUUAAAGAAAGAUGGCAAGGGAAUAAGGAAAAUUAAAGGAUCAUUUAAAAUCUGCUCAAAAUCAGUGAUAUUCGAGCCUGAUGAAAUAAGCCACCCCAUUAUUAAAAUUCCUUUGAGAGAUUGUAUUAAAAUUGAAGCACCAGAUGAUAGUGGGAAAUAUUCCUUCAUGAGUGGUACUUCUGGGCAGAUUGCUAUUUUAUCUAGUCAAGCUUUUCUCACUAAAGAACAAAAUAUCAUCGCACCCUUUAAAACCGAAAGAGGUCAAACUAAAUAUGUAUUUGAACUGGAUGUUGCUGGAAAAGUCGAAGAUGUCAUACAAACACUUCACCAAUUAUACAGAGCAUCACACUUGGACAAACUAGGGGACCAGGCUGCUAUGAUAACUGCUAUUCUACAGUCACGUUUGGCCAGAACAUCAUUUGAUAAGAACAGAUUUCAGAAUGUUUCUGAAACGCUGCAUAUGGAAUGUAAAGCAGAAAUGAUCACUCCAUUGGUAACUAAUCCAGGACAUGUAUGCAUCACCGAUGCAAACCUGUAUUUCCAGCCUCUCAAUGGCUAUCCUAAACCUGUGGUACAAGUGACACUGCGUAGUGUCAGACGCAUCUAUAAAAGAAGACAUAGCCUAUCGCCUUUGGGUCUGGAAGUGUUUUGCACCGAGAAUGAUUUAUGUUCAGACAUCUAUUUGAAAUUCUACAACACUGAGGACCGAGAUAAUGUCUAUUUCUACGUGUCAACAUAUUUAGAAAACCAUAUUACAGAGCACACUGCAGAGAGCUACAUGUUACAAUGGCAACGAGGUCAUAUCUCAAACUACCAAUACCUUCUUCAUCUCAAUAAUCUGGCUGAUCGGAGCUGUAAUGAUCUUUCCCAGUACCCUGUCUUUCCAUGGAUCAUAGCAGAUUAUUCUAGCUCAGAACUAGAUCUAACAAAUCCUGAAACUUUUCGUGACCUUAGUAAACCUGUAGGUGCACUAAAUAAAGAAAGAUUGGAAAGAUUACUGGUGCGUUAUCAAGAAAUGCAAGAACCAAAAUUUAUGUAUGGCAGCCACUACUCAUCACCAGGUUAUGUUCUCUUUUACCUGGUCAGAGUUGCCCCAGAGCAUAUGCUUUGCUUACAAAAUGGAAAGUUUGAUCAUCCUGACAGAAUGUUCAACAGUAUUGCAGAAACCUGGAAGAACUGUUUAGAUGGAGCAACAGACUUCAAAGAGUUAAUCCCUGAGUUCUAUGAAAAUGAUUCUAGUUUCUUAUUAAAUAAUUUGAAACUGGACUUGGGGAAGACACAAGGAGGAAAGAUGGUUGACAAUGUAGAACUUCCUCCUUGGGCAUCAGAUGCCAGUGAUUUUCUCCAGAAGAGUCAAGAUGCUUUAGAAAGCCAGUAUGUGUCAGAACAUCUUCAUGAAUGGAUUGAUCUUGUGUUUGGCUAUAAGCAGAAGGGCAAUGAAGCCACUGCAGCUCAGAAUGUAUUUCAUCCUUUGACCUAUGAAGGAGGAGUAGAUCUAAACAGCAUUAUGGACACAAAUGAAAGAGUAGCUCUGUUGACGCAAAUCUUGGAAUUUGGACAGACUCCAAAACAAUUGUUCACAAUCUCACAUCCAAGAAGGAUAAUCCCAAAGUUAAAAAGUUGGUCUCGAGCAUCCAGCCAUAGCCCUUCUGUGACUGAAUCCUCAGUCUCUCCAGGUGAUGAAUCUUUUGAGGAUCUGACAGAAGAAAGCGUCUUACUUUCCUGGAAUAACAUGGCCAGUUUAAAACUUGAUGGACAGUACAAGAUCCACAAAGGGCCAAUAACUGGAAUUGCCAUGUGUUCCACUUCUAACCAAUCUUCCAUCUUUACUACAUCUCAAGAUUCAACUUUGAAGAUGUUUUCGGCAGAUUCAAAAAAGCUUCAGAGGAGUGUGUCUUUCUCAAACAUGGCUUUGUCGUCUUGUUUAAUCUUACCAGGGAAUAGCAUCGUUGUAUGUUCUUCAUGGGACAAUAAUAUCUAUUUCUAUUCAGUAGCCUUUGGAAGGCAGCAGGACACCUUAAUAGGACAUCAUGAUGCUGUCAGCAAAAUCUGUUGGCAUAAUAAUCGUUUGUACUCUGCAUCUUGGGAUUCAACCGUAAAAGUGUGGCACUGUAAUCCAACAGAAUUAUUAAACACUAAGAAACAUUUUGAAUUGCUUGCUGAAUUGGAACAUGAUGUUAGUGUAACAACUAUCACCUUGAAUCCUGCAUAUACUCUGCUAGCAUCCGGAACAAAGGAUGGAAUUAUUAGUAUAUGGGAUGUUACUGCUGCUUCUAUAGUGCAUCGUCUUCCGUGCCACUCAGGAACUGUUUUGGAUGUUGCCUUCAGUCCUGAUGGCCAGCACCUAUUAAGCACAGGAGAAGAUGCCUAUUUUAAAGUAACAGAUGUGCAAACUGGAAUGAUUAUCUCUUCUGUAGCUUUAGAGCAAAUUCAAAGAUGUUUCAAGUGGGAUGGACACAUAGUUUUAUCAGGAAGUCAGUCAGGAGAAUUGUUUGUUUGGGAUAUACUUGGAGGAAAAACAGUAGGAAAAAUUCCAGGGCAUGCAGGUGCUGUGACUUGUAUGUGGAUGAAUGACCAGUGCAGCAAUAUAAUUACUGGAGGAGAAGAUAGGCAAAUUGUGUUCUGGAAACAAUACUAUUAAUAUUUUAAACCAGAAUUUUAAAAGGACUUUGCCUAAAUGUAAAAAUGCUUUCUAUAGUUCAAACAGAACUUCUGGUCCCCUUCCCCCCCUCCAUUACUGUUGUGUAUUGAUGAAUACUCUAAAAUGUUACAAAUGUCUGUAUGCUCUUACCUAUUUACUGAAGUAAUACUGUAACAGCUUGAGGUACUUGUCUUAUACUCCUGUUGAAAAUAAACUUAUUUUUCAGUAACCAAUAUGUUCUAACUUGAAAUCAUACUACUCUAUUGUUUCUUGUGUAUGUUUGUCUUUACGUCAAUGUUGAUGCCUGGUGACAGCCAGAGACAAAUCCCUGCAGUUUUCUUGGCAUUAUUUUGCCAAUACUGCAAUCAGUAAAUGUUAACUUUAUUAGGAAAUUACUGUACUGGUUUGCCAUUGCCUUCUUCAUGGGGCUGAGAGGAAAUGAUUGGUCAAAGUGAAACAGUGGGCUUUGUGCCUAAGAAUCCAGAGUCUCCUGCUUUCUAACUAACAGGAUUUUGUUCAGUUUUAGGUACUUGGCAGAAAUAUUUUCCCUAAACUUCCAUCUCAAUAUGAUCAUCAGUUUGAUUGCUAAAUCAAUAACAUGACAACUUUGUAUUUUAGUUGGGAGUCGUCUUUUUUCUGAUUUCAUAAAACUGUUUGGAAUAAUUUAAAUCAGCUGGCAGUUACAUUAUUUAUUUAUUUUAUUUUUAUGGGCUAGCAUACAUUUCUUAUCAAAUACCUUCCCACCUUCUUACUAAGUGUUAUCUAUAUAUUGCCAUGAUUUUGCAUUCAAAUCUCUCUAUCAAGUGGCAGGAAGAAGUGGAGUUUAACAUUCACAUCCUCAUGUACUAGGUCUGACCUAGAGAGCUCAUUAUUUCUCCCUUAUCAUUUUUUUCCUAUCACUGACAUAUGGUACCUCUGUAUUUGGACUGAGGAGUAUUUCAUUUACUAAUAAAUAUUUAAAUGAAAACAGGCAUUAUCACUUAGUUAAGUCAAGUGUUGCAGUUUAAUCUCUGAGAAAGUUAUCCAUUGUGAUGGUUUAUUGGCCAGACCAAAACAAGAAUCCUUUUCACCCUUCUCUGCAAACCAAUAUAAAAUGUGCUUGCAUACUCCCAUCAAAUGCUGAUCUUUCUACAUACUGUAAUACUUAUACAGUAUAUACUGUUUCAACAUACUAUUUCAAUGAAUCUCCCAAACUUUUUGGGUCUACUUAGAGGUAGUAGUGGUAAAUAUUGUUUAUUUGCAAUAACAUUGUUUAAUGUUAUCAUCCAGUUCUCUUAAACCUCACCUUCUAAGGUGAUCAGUUUAACUGAAAAACAUGUUAUUAAAUUGAUCGUGCAAGUCAUAAUUCCCAAUGAUUCUUCAUUACUAUGUGCCAAUAAACCAUUCAACUUUUCAGAUGUAAUUUUAUUUUAAUGCAGAUACAAUUGCUAAGCAAUUAAGAAUUACAUGUACUUCUCUGUAUUAUACCUGUGAUAGAAUUCACAUAUUACAUGCCAGUAUUUGUAACUUUUUUCUUCUGUCUAGCUGGCAGGGUGGGCUUAUCUUCUAGCAUUAAAGCUUGACAUCCAACUGAUAGAACAUCAAUAAACUGCUGAUGGUUUCUAACUACAAUUACUAUAUCGAAGGCUAUCUGCUAGAGAUAAAUAAAUUAAAAAUCCUAAUGACUAAGCUAUUAAAAUGUUACCCAUGUCUAAUAUUUUUAUUUAGGAAAAUUGGUUAAUGUAAUAAAAGAAAUACUAUAGCCUACACUGAUAAUACUAUAUCAAGAGCCCAUAAACCAUAUCAUUGAGAUAAAAUGUUAACACUUUCACUGCUUCAUUUAUGAUGGAUUAUAUUGCAAUCAGGAAGGAUUUUGAGAUUCAUCAGCGCAAAAUACUACCCAUUUAGGAAGUGAAUAUAUUUGCAACUUUAUUUGUUUUAAGAGGAUUAAGGCAACACAAUAUAAGCAUAUUAGAACAAUUUUAUAAGACAGCAAAAAGACAAACAUUAUUUUAAAAUAGUUAUGGAAUGAUAAAUACAAGCUAUGCUCAGUUUAACCAGCAUGCUUUUUGUAAACAAGAUUACUAAAAUCAGUUAAUUAACACUAAGUUAUAUUCUUACUGGUAGAUGCAGUACAAAAAUGA